AUGCGCUUCUUGCUUUUCCUGUCGAUUGUCUCUGCAGUGUUGGGUACAACAACCACUAACACCGUAACUGAGGAGAAGCCCACCUCGACGCCUUCACCAGGGACGGACCACAGAGCCAUCAUCGCCCUCACUCUUCAUCCCGAAGAUCCAGACCUCCUCGAACGAACCCUCUACGAUGUCUCGACGCCAGGUAGUCCGCGCUAUGGCAAAUACCUCACCCGAGAGGAGGCCCUUUCUCUCACCAAGCCAAGCAAUGCCUCCUUCGAGACCGUCGCGCAGUGGCUCGACAUGAACGGUGUGCCCACGGGCGAGAUGACGACGGGCUACGACUGGAUUCGCGUCCCCAUGAAAUACUCCGCGGCGCAGAACUUAUUCGACACCGACAUGUCCUUCUCCAUGCUGCCCGGAGACGUCAUCAUUCCAAGCAUAGACUCCUACACCGUCCCUGAGAAGUUGGUAUCUCACAUUGCAAUGAUUCAGUGUAUCCACCCCUUGAAACCAGAGACCAACGACCAUAUUCUUCCCGAGGAACACUUCGUCUCACAGAUGCUCGGGCCCGACAGCAGCUCGUGGAAGGAGAAAUACGGCGACGAUGCGACUACCAGGCCCGAUAACAAAAGCCAGCUCAUGAUCCCACAUCGUGUCAAAGAGUUGUACGGCGUGAACAGCACCGAUGAGCCAGCGCCGGGGUUAUUCAUCGGCGUGGCGGGCUUCAUGGGUCAAAAGCCGGGACUGAGGAGCCUAUGGACAUACAUGCUCAGCUACGUCCGGCCGCUCAGACUCAAAACUUUUUCAGCAGCCAUAAUCAACGGGGGAGACAUGCGGGGAGACGAUGAAGGAAUCAUAGCAAAUCUCGACGUCCAGCUCGUCGCCGGUCUUGCCCCUCACAUCCCCAUCAGAUUCUACUCCGUGGGCGGCAACGGACCAAAGGUUCCUGAUCUAGACGCACCGGAUACUAUCUAUGGACUCUAUGAUGAUGUGAUCGAGCCCUGGUUCGAAUUCGCACAGCACCUCCUCUCGCUCCCCGACGAGGAGCUGCCAAGGGUGGUCACCAUCGCGUACGGCGAGAACGAGCAGCUCAUCCCGAAGCCUUACGCGCAGAAAGUAUGUCGAAUGUUUGGGCAACUCGGGACGCGCGGUGUCUCCGUAAUCACAGCAUCCGGCAAGACCUGUCCGUGGGUAACUGCCGUGGCGGCAACGACCAAAACGCACCCGGAAGAAGCUGCCGACGAGGACGUUGACGGCUUCAUGUUCACCUCCAGCGGCGGCUUCUCUGACUAUUUUCCGAGGCCCAAGUACCAAGACAGGGAGGUCGAGAAGUGGUUGAAAGGAAACGGCGACAGAGGGAGGGAUUACUUCAACCCGGAGGGCCGGGCCGUGCCGGACGUGUCGGCACAGGGCGGAAAGAAUCUCCCGUACAUCCAUAAUUUAGAAAACCGCGAAGAUGGCGUCGGGACGAAUGCUGCAGCGCCUAUAUUUGCAGCCAUUAUAGCCCUCCUGAACAACGAAAGAGCGCUCGACGGAAAGCCGUACCUCGGAUUCCUCAAUCCGUGGCUAUACGGAGAGGGAUCCAAAGGUUUAGUUGACAUUCGCCUCGGACGGAAUCGGGGCUGUGUUGGUAAAAGCUACACGGGGGAUCCGGCGCCCAUCAUCCCCGAGGCCGGCUUCGAAGCAACGUCAGGCUGGGAUCCGGUCACUGGGCUUGGAACGCCGUUCUACGAGACGUUAAAACAGGUUCAGCCGUAG